AUGGCUGUCUCCACCACUAUCGGCUUCCCACGCACUGGAUCCAAGCGCCAGGCCAAGGUGGCCCUUGAGAGCUUCUGGAAGGGCAAGACGUCAGAGCCUGACCUGGUGGCCUCGUUUGCGGCCGUUGAUGAGGAGGCUUGGCGUGCCCAGCAGGCGGCUGGUGUGCAGCUGAUCGCGCUGGACGGCACCUACUAUGACCAGGUGCUGGACAUGGUCUACGCCCUGGGCGUCGCCCCGGCCCGCUUCAAGCACCUGUCUGGCCUGGAACUCUACUUUGCUAUGGCGCGCGGUGCCCCCAACGCCCCGGCCCUGGACAUGUCCAAGCUCCUGGACACCAACUACCAUUACCUGGUACCGGAGCUGGAGGAGGGCUUCGCCCCCAAGCCCGACUUCUCAGCCAUCCUGGACCGCCUCAAGAGGGGCCAGGCCCUGCUGGGCAAGGAUGCGGCGGUGCCCAUGAUGGUGGGCCCCGUGACCUUUGCCCUGCUGUCGUCCACCACCCUGCCUAUUGAGUCUGUGGUGGAGAAGCUGCUGCCCUCGUACGCCCAGCUGCUGCGCCAGCUGCAGGCCGUGGGCGCCCCCGAGGUGCAGCUGCACGAGCCGGCGCUCGCCACGGACAAGGGUGCCGCCGCUCAGCGCGCGGCGCAGGCGGCGUACGCGCAGCUGGCGGCCGUGGGCUGCCCCAUCCACCUGGUGGCCUGCUACGACGACCUGGGCGAGGCCUACCCCUGGGUGGCGCAGCUGCCGGUCAGGGCCCUGACCCUGGACUUCUGCGGCGUCCCUGGCGCCACCGCCCCCAACGCCACCCUGGACCUCAUCAGGGCCAACGGCUGGCCCGCUGACAAGCGACUGGGUGUCGGCUGCGUUGACGGCCGCUCCGUGUGGGCCGACGACGAGGGGGCCUGCACCGCCCUGCUGAACGAGCUGCGCACCCUGGGGGCGUCCUCCCUGGCCGUCACCUCCAGCGUGUCCCUGCAGCACCUGCCCUGGGACGUCACCCUGGAGCCCGCCCUCCCCGCCGGCCUGGCCCCCCGCCUGGCUUUUGCCGUGCAGAAGCUCGGAGCUAUCGCGCGCCUGGCGGCGGGCAAGGGCGUCAGCGGGGCCGCCGGCGCGGCCGGCGGCUGGGUGGGCCGAGUGCGGGAUAGCGCCAUGGAGCUGGAGCGCGCCAUGUUUGACCGCGCGGAGAAUUUUGAGGCGCGCCGCGCCAAGCAGCCCCAGUUCCCGGCGUUCCCCACGACGAGCAUUGGGUCGUUCCCCCAGACGGCCCAGGUGCGUCGCCUGCGCGCCCAGCUCAAGUCCGGCGCCAUUGACCGCCCCACCUACGAGCGGCUGAUCGACCAGCAGAUUGCGCUGGCCAUCGGCAUCCAGGAGGGCCUGGACAUUGAUGUGCUGGUGCACGGCGAGGCGGAGCGCACUGACAUGAGCGAGCACUUUGGGAUGCAGCUGUCCGGCAUGGUGUUCACGCAGCACGGCUGGGUCCAGUCCUACGGCUCCCGCUACGUGCGGCCCCCCAUCAUCGCUGGUGACGUGGCCUUUGUGAACGCCAUGACAGUCCGCGAGUUCAAGGUCGCGCAGGACCUGACCCCGCGCCCCGUCAAGGGCAUGCUCACCGGGCCCGUGACCAUCCUCAACUGGAGCUUCCCCCGCAAGGACCUCUCUCGCCGCGCCCAGGCCUUCCAGCUGGCCCUGGCCCUGCGCCAGGAGGUGGCGGCCCUGCAGGACGCCGGCUGCCGCAUCGUGCAGGUGGACGAGCCGGCCCUGCGCGAGGGCCUGCCCCUGAAGCACGCCAAGUGGGACAGCUACCUCAGCUGGGCGGUGGACGCCUUCAGGCUGUGCACUGCAGUGGCCGCGCCGUCCACCCAGGUCGUGACGCACCUGUGCUACUCCGACUUUGGUGACAUCAUGAAGCCCAUCAUCGACAUGGACGCCGAUGUGCUGACCAUCGAGAACUCGCGCAGUGGUGACGCCAUGGUGCGCGCCCUGGCGCAGGCCGGGUACACCGCUGACCUCGGGCCUGGCGUAUAUGACGUGCACAGCCCUGUUGUGCCGGGCGUCGACGCGCUCGUGGCCAAGCUGCGCACCUUCCUGGCCACUGGCAUCCUGGCGGGUGCGCCGGAGCGGCUGUGGGUCAACCCCGACUGCGGCCUCAAGACACGCACCUGGGACGAGGUGGUACCGUCGCUGCGCAACAUGGUGGCCGCCGCCCACGCGCUGCGCGCCGAGGUGGAGGGGCCAUCCAAGGGGCCUGGCAAGGGGGUGGCGGCCACCACCGCGGCGCCCGCACGCUCCUGCGCCGCUGCGGGCUGCUGCUAA